UUUCGUAGAUCACCGUUUGUGGCGUCGAAAUUUUGUUUGAAUUCGACGGUUGUGGUUUUAUGUUCAAAGAAAAAUAAGCGGCAAAGGAGGUAAAUAGGGUACAAGAUUACCGAAAUCUUCAUAAAUUUAAGUAUUUCAUUCCCAGCUUGAAUAGAACACAUUUUCGAGCCGCCAAGCUUGCAUCAUGAAGCCCGAAGGUACCACCAAAGUAUCUGCCGCCAAAACCGCGGCUUCAGAGGAUACAAAGGUAAGGAAAUCCUUACGUGUUUUGCAGCCAGCUGCGAAAGAUAAGGAGAACCUGGUUGGUGCCGGCAGAACGCUCAGAUCUACAGCUUCUGCAAAAGAGCUUCUCAAAAAUGAAAUGUCUGAGAAGACUGCAAAAACUGAAACAGUCAAGCGCAAAAAAGUGCAUCACAAAGGUAUCCAAACAACUCAGGAAAAAAUCAAGGUAUCAGUCGAAGAUCUUACCUCUGAAGCUGGACCAAGUGAAAAUUAUUGGGAAGUUUUGGCAGAACGCCGACGUAUUGCGCUCGAAGAUGCCCUGGAGGAGAACAGUGCCUUAACUGAACGUAUUGUUAAAUUGGAAGAAGAAAAUCGCGUCUGCAAUGAAAUGUUGGAUGAGACCAGGGCACUCGUCGAAGUAUUGCAGGAAAUGAUUGGCGAGGAUGGAAACGGUAUUAAUAACUCCUUAGAUGACAGCGCUUUAUGAAUGUAAUAUGCUUAGAUUAUUGGAAUGUUGAGCUAGGGUGUAUCAUCUUAUUUUUAAAUUCUGGUUUAUUACAAAGCUGCAUAACCUCAAAACAUAUCAGCAUUCAUUAUUUAAAACCAUGACUCAAUUACCAGCCAUGUAAUUGUAUCGAAGAUAACAGAACUUAAUGAAUUUGGUUUUUAUUAUGACAGAUUCGAUGAAUAUCUGAAAUUUAAAUUUCGCAUCGCUGAAAAACUACUGGAAACUUAAAAUAGAUAUUUUUCUCUGUUCAUUAUUUUCCAUCAAACCCGCAGCUACUGUGUUCCUAAGUACAAUUCAUCAAUUAAAUAUAUCAUUUUAUUUCUCACAUACGAUUUUUCCCAAAGCAAAAGAUGUACACAACUUGAAUACUCUAUAAACUGCUAUUUACGAUGAGACUAGAUAGCAGUAAAUGCAUUGAUUCUUUCAAUUUUCCAUUUCGUUAUAAUGUACUGAUGCGACUGGCUAAUACGUCUACCUUUAUUCUAAACAGUGUAAUUAUACGUAGAAUAAAGUAUCAUUUUUAUUUUUGUAUCAUUUAUAGAAUUAAACCAUAAGUACUCUUCGUCAUUUUAUAUAUAACAAUAUAAAUCUGUAUUUGACAGCAAUAAUUCAUCAAUCAAUGUUGAUUUCUAAACCUAAAAAAAAAAAAAAAUACGCUGAUCUGAUACUUAUCGCGAAUUGUUUCCUCAUAUCUAUAUUAUAAACAUAAAAUAAAUAUAAGUAUAAUGUAAAAUCUUAUGAAAUAAAAUUGUAAAACAAUAUAACAUGCGUAUGACUGAUAACAAAAAUCACAAAGAGUUGGUACAAACCACUUUUCUAAGCUCAAUUGCGAUAUUUCCACAAUUCGUGUAAAUAUUUUACGAUUUUCUUUGUUUUCCAUAAGUAUAACAUUUAUUUUUCAUUUCUUAUCGGUGCACAAUUACAAAUCGAGAUUGAGAUUCCAAUUUUGAAA